ACCCUCCACUCCACAUAUACUAUAAAGCCAUCCGCCUGCAACGAACGCGAUCAGCGUGCCUUGAUGUUGAAUCAUCGGGGGAUGUUAAAUCGCGUCAACUCGGCGGCCAGGGUCGCCAUACUGCUGGCUCUGCUCUGCUUUUGCUCUGCCACCUCUUCCUACUCUUUCCCCGACGACACGGCCUGUGCCCGUGCCAGUGGCAUGGCGAUGCCGGGUCCGGGUAAUCUCCUCACGGUCGACCAAUCCGGCAAAGGCGAUUACAGGAAGAUCCACGAGGCGAUCGCCGCCGCCCCCGCGAACAGCUCCGCCCGCACUGUCAUCCUGAUCAAGCCCGGAGUCUACAGGGAGAAGAUCGUCGUCCCCGUGGACAAGCCCAACAUAACACUUUUCGGCACGAGCGCCAACACGACCGUGAUCACCUGGAACGAGCGCUGGGUAUCCAGCGACACUUCCCCUACCGUGUCCGUUCUGGCCUCCGACUUCGUCGCCAGCCGCUUAACGUUCCGGAACACGUUGGGGACCAGCGCUCCGGCCAUCGCGGCGAGAGUCAUGGGAGACAGGGCGGCGUUCUACGGGUGCAGCUUCUCGUCGUUCCAAGACACGCUCCUCGACGAUAACGGGCGCCAUUACUACUGCGGGUGCUACAUCGAAGGUGGCACCGACUUCAUCUGCGGGAACGGCCGGGCUCUCUUUGAAAAAUGCCACCUGCACUCCACCUCGCCCAACGGCGGCGCGUUCACGGCGCAGAAGCGGGCGUCCGAGUUGAACCACACCGGAUACAGCUUCGUCAGGUGCAAGCUGACCGGCGUCGGGGUCAGCACCUCCAUCCUGGGGCGUCCAUGGGAGCCCUACUCCCGCGUCGUGUUCGCUCUCACCUACAUGUCCGCAGCGGUGAGCCCUCGAGGCUGGGAUGACUGGAACCACACCGCCAACCAGAGGACGGCGUUCUACGGGCAGUACCAAUGCUACGGCCAAGGGGCGAAAACUGAUGGUAGGGUUAAGUGGGCUCGCAACCUCUCGCCAAUCGAAGCAGCCCCCUUCAUGACCAAGGCCUGGAUCGGUGGGCAGCAGUGGCUUCCGAAGCAGCCCCCUUCAUGACCAAAAGGCUUGGAUCGGUGGACAGCAGUGGCUUCCACAGAAAACAGUCGGUGGUGCGGGUUGUCAUAUAUACUUGAGACAUAUCAGUGUUAUUAGUGUUUUCAUUUGAAGGAUACAAGUUAAAGGAAAAUACGUGGAUGAAUCCGGGAACAUAUGACCUCACUUUGGAAAACACAUUUCUAAAUGCCAAAAAAUUCUGAAAAAAUGUUGCACGCAUAUAUUUUCAUGUUCUAUGUGCGCGCAGAAAGUUUCGUAAAAAAACUACUUUUUA